UUGAAUGGGUUUGGUUGUUCUGUUGUCAUAAUAUAAUGUCAGAAUAGUGCAGAGGAUGGAAGACGAUCGACAAGAACAAAUUAACACUAAUGAGGCUGAUAUUACAAGAUUAAUAGCAAAAGAUAAAACUGUACUUGGUAAAGGGGGACAUGUACUAAGUGAUGGUCUCAAGAAGGGAGAGACUUCACCUCUGCACCUGGACAAAAAAGUCACCUCAGGGAAAGAUGUGGCUCAUUCUCGUGGAUUAAGGAUAAUCAUUGCAUCAUCUGUUAUCUUGGCUAUAUCUAUAACCAUUGCAUUGGUGCUAUAUAUUUAUUUUGGAAAACCUCAGGUUGGAGCUUCAGGAGCUGUAGCAUCUGAUGUUGGUGUGUGUUCUGACCUCGGACUUACAGUUCUAGAGAGGGGAGGUAAUGCAGUCGAUGCCACAGUUACAACACUUUUGUGUGCAGGAGUUGUCAACCCUCAUAAAUCGGGUAUUGGCGGGGGUGGAUUCGUGAUGGUAUAUGAUCACAAAACAAAAUGGAGUGAUGUCAUCGAUUUUAGGGAAACAGCACCAUCUGUAGCCAGGACUGACCUCUUCAAAGGAGACAGAGCUUUAAUUGAAAAGGGCAUUUUUUCUGUUGGUGUCCCGGGAGAAUUGAAAGGACUGGAAUCUACUCACAAGAAAUAUGGAAAGCUUGCCUGGAGCUCCUUAGUAGACCCUGUUACCUCUCUGGCUAAAGAGGGAUUCAAAGUUACAAAGUCUAUGGAUGAUAUGUUUAAAAGUGGAAAACUGAAGACAAAUGAUUUGAGUCCAAAUCUCCAGAAAUACUACAUCAAAGAUGGCAGAUUUGUGACUCUGGGGACAAAGAUCAGACGUCCUGAUUUAGCAGAAAUUUUGCAGGAGAUUUCUGAAAAAGGUUCCUCAGCCAUAUACAAUGGGAAAUACACCAAAGAAAUCAUUGAUGUUCUGACUCCCUCUGGUACAUCAGGAAUCAGUGACUGGAUGACAGAGGAUGAUCUGAAGAAAUACGAAGCGAAGCACAGGAACAAGGUCCAGACAACGUACCAUGAGAAUACAGUGAUGACAAUCCCUGCUCCUGGAGCUGGACUCUCUGUGUUGUCUGCCCUGAACAUGUUAGAGGGUUAUUCCUUGGUCCGGAACAAACCGGAGACAGUACACAGGAUGAUAGAGGCUUUAAAAUUUGCCAGUGCACAGCAACAACACUUAGGUGAUCCAGACUUUAACAAGGACAGGGUCGACAAUGUUACACAGGACAUGUUAAGUAAAGCAGUAGCUGCCAAACACAGAAACAUGACAACAAACAUGACCCACAGUGACCCUCGGUUUUAUGGUGGGCGUGUCCAGGCUUUAUCUGACAUUACUGACAAAGGAGGCAGUCAUGUUUCCAUAGUCGAUGCCCAGGAAUUGAUGGUAUCUGUAACAUCGUCUGUGAACUCUUGGUUUGGUUCAGGAAUAACAACCAGGUCUGGUAUUGUACUGAAUAACCAGAUGUCCAACUUUGAGAUUCCAUAUGCCUCAGGAAAAAGAUUACCCAACCAGUUGAAUUACAUUGUUGGUGGAAAGCGCCCCCUGUCCCAUAUGGCUCCCAUCAUAGUUGUCAACAGCAAAGUGUCAUGUGCGCGGCGGCUGAAUUUAGGGGCCACAGACGGGGAUUCCAUUCCCUCUGCAGUGGUUCAGACUGUUCUUAAUGUGAUAAACUACAACAUGAAUUUGACAGAGGCCAUUCAGGCACCCAGGCUUUACAGCAUCUUAUCUCCAGAAAAAAUUGUCUAUGAAGGAAACUAUAACAAGGAUGUCAUAGGUAAUAUUACAAGAAGAGGACAUGCUGUAGAAAAAUCAACCGGUAUCUUAAACUGUGUACAGGGUGUGAAAAAAGUAAAAGACAAAGUGGAGGCUUACUCAGAUAAAAGAGAUGGAGGAAGAGCAACUCAGUUUUGAGGCCAAAAAUAAAGUAUAGAAAAUUCAAGUGAAAGUCCUCAGUAAUUACAUGUUGUCGAAUCUGAUGUUUGUAAUUGUUUACAGUGUUAUUUAUAAAUUAAACGUGACUUAAUUGAGAACAUUAGAUUUUUAAAAAAUUCUAUAACUUUUGCAUUAUAACUUUGUUAUACCUCAUUGUAGUACUUUUUUUUUAAGACAGUGAAAGAUAAACUUUUUAUUGGUAUACAUGAUUACAUACAUGUGUAAAGAUAAAAGCAAUAUUAAUUUAUCCAGUGUUUUCAGAAAGUGAUACUCAUUAAAAUACUGCUACAUUUUAAGGCAAGUCUUUGAAAAUUGAUAUGUUUUCUGAUUUACAGAAAGGAGGUAUGUGGUCUGGAUACUAGUAUUUGAUGUAUUCUAUUCAGUUGGUGCAAUAUAUUUUUUAGCAAUAGCUUUCAGAUUGUGUACAUUAUGUUUUACUUCAGAGAUGAUAAUUCUGUUAAUUAUUAAGUACCUAGUUUUUGAAAGCUUUGUACAUGGAUUUUUUAGGUCACCUGAGUCACUCAUUAUGUCAAAUUUGUUCUCUUCAUAAAGCUUUUAACAUUUCAGCUUCUUAACUAAAGAAUCAAAACCAAUUUCAACCAAAUUAGGUACACUGUGCAUCUAUCAGUGAAGAGGGCUAAGAAAUAGCAAAUCUUGUGGUCUAUGCCAUUAUAGAUAUUCAUUAUUAGCAGUAAAAUAUCAGAAAAAGUUUUUAUUAAUGAAAAUUCCUGAAAUCUGUGUUAAGUUAUAAAUUUGUAGGAGAACUCAGCAUUUCCAGGACAAGUAUAGCUCAGUCUGUCUGAGUAUGUUGUAGUGAUCUUGUUACUCAGGUGAGCACCAAGGCCCUCGAGCCUUUUGUCUCUCUGAAAUUUCUCAAAUAUAAUAACUUAUUUAUUACAUUCAUGAUUUCAAGAGUUAUUUAGAUCCAUUUUUGAAAUCAAUACAUGAGUAAUAUAUAAUACAUGUAGUUCAUUUUCUAUUUUAUUCUUGCCGUUUUACAUUUUUUGUAACAUUCCAAGUCAGGUUUAAAUGACUUUUUUUGGAUUUCUACUGGUAUAUUGUAAGAGGCUUUUAAUUAAAUCGCAUAUCAUUUUGGAAAGAAUUUUCCAGCACUAAGGGCAGAUAAAUUGGGUGUAAAGACACAAACACUGUAUUUUUAUAAUCUAAACAUUCCUCAGUUGUGUGUGUGUGACUUUAACUUGGCUCAGUAUAAUUUGGCUUGAACAGAUUUUUAAGGGGGGAUAACCUUGGGACUCUUUUUCAUAUUCAUUUAAAGCAGUAAUACAUCUAUCACCCAGAGAUAGAAGUGGUUCUUCUAACAAUAAUCUUCAGUCUUAAAUAUGUCUGAUUUUUUCCUUAAAAAGGUAUUCAUUUUACAGUGAUUAAGAAAAUUACAACAAAAGUAUCUUGUUACAUGUAAAUUUGUUUUUUUUUUCCUUUAUAUUUUACAAAAAUAUACAAGCAUAGUUUUAGAGUUCUAUAUGCACAUAUGUGCACUCUAAAAUGAGAUUUUGUGUAUGUUCUAGAAGAUAGAAGUAAUGUUGACUUGCAAUAAAUUUUCAAUGAUACUCACUAAUGAAUAUGGAGAUUCAUUUAUGUGCUAUAAUACAUGACUGUAUACUAAUUUGAUAUGUUCAGUUGCACAUUUCUGAUAAUGUGUGACCUUUCUUGAAGGGUAAUUUUCAUAUUUAUAUCCAAGACCGUAAAAUAUUUUUUUGAUCUGAUGUUUAUAAUUUAGAGUUCAUAUAAAAUGUAUUGAUUUUGGAAGUCUUUUGACAUUGUAUUUAACUGAAAUAAUCACCACUUAUAUCAUCUGUUUAUCUGAAGAAUCCACAACAGGUUUAUGGAGCUCAUGAUAAGAUCUGAUUUAUAAAAUAUUUUUUUAAAAAUCCCAGCUCUGAUUGAUCUGUUUGUGUUACCUUCUUUAUUUUUUCUUACUAAAUACAUAUUUUCUUUUAAUUUUCUUUUUAUAUAAAAAAAAAUUAUCAGGUAUUCGAACCCUUUACAUGUAAGUCACACUUUCAUAAAAAACGCAUUUUAUUUGUAAACAUGCAUAUCAUUAUUUAUUUAUGUAGAUCUGUAUACACUAAGGAAAGUGAAGGACUUAGGAAAGUUUAAUAGGAAUUGAUUAUUUUUCUCAAAGAGUUAUCCCUCUUUGUUGGUAUUGUGAUUUAAUGUGAUAUUGUGCAUCUGUGGACCAGAUAUAAUUUAUUGUAGAAUAUAUUUGUAAUUGAUAUGUUGAUGUAAAAUAAAUGUUAAAAGUUA